UUAUCAUUAUGGGAAAUAGUGUAAUAGGGGGCGCAACAGUAAAAGAAAAAGAGAAGAUCGUUUAGUGUGCGAUUUCACAUCAAUUUUUGAUCAUUUAAAGGCUAAUUAGCAGACACUCAAACAUAUUUUAGCUGAUAGUUUCAUAAAAAAAUGACAAAUAUAAAGAAAAUUGAUAUAUAAUAGGUAGAUAACUACUUUAUAACCUAGUUUAAGGGUUAGACGGUAGCUUAUUCUUUUUUGUCAACUAUUUUCUUUCUCCCGCUUAGCUAGCGUUUAUUGUACAAAAGUAGGCCUUAUUUAGUUCUUUAUUCAUAAUCUUUUACUGCUAAAGCAAUUACUAUUUAAUAAUGAAUACUAUUUGAUUACCUUUGUUUUAAAGGUGCGAAACCUGCCCUAAUGGAACUUGGCCAAAUUCCGGAAGAAACCAUUGCGAUUCGCUUCAAGUACAGUUUAUGACAUUCUCAAGCCCUUGGGCGAGCAUUCCUGCUGCUUUUGCAUCGCUCGGAAUUGCCGCCACUAUAUUUGUCUUCCUCGUUUUCAUUAAGUUCGAUUCCACACCAAUUAUAAUGGCGUCUGGUAGAGAAUUAUGUUAUGUCCUGCAAUGUGGUUUAAUAAUGUGCUAUCUAAUGACUUUCGUUAUGGUCUGGGAGCCUACAGUCGUAUCCUGCACUCUACUUCGUAUUGGCCUGGGAUUAUCUUUGUCAGUUUGCUACUCCGCCCUAUUCACAAAGACGAAUAGGAUAUCUAGGAUUUUCAACAGGGGCAUUAAAGCUAUGGUUAAGAGGCCUAGCUAUACAUCACCCAAAUCGCAAUUGGUCAUCUGCUUAUGUCUAAUAUCGGUACAAUUAAUAGGUGCCGUAACGUGGUUGGGUAUGGACUUUCCCGACACUGUAACAGUCUAUCCAGAUAGAAGAAAUGUCGUUCGAAGGUGCAAGAGUACGAACGUGGCAAUAGUUAUGUCACUUUUGUACAAUAUGGUUCUUAUAAUACUGUGUACAGUGUACGCAUUUAAAACUCGAAAGAUUCCCGAGAACUUUAACGAAGCUAAGUAUAUCGCUUUUACAAUGUAUUCCACUUGUAUAGUUUGGUUGGCGUUUGUACCUAUCUACUUUGGAACGAAGAGCGACUUUAAGAUUCAAAUUACGUCGCUUUGUAUGUGCGUUAGCAUAAGUGCAACGGUUGCCCUUUUUUGCCUAUUUCUUCCCAAGGUGUACAUUGUACUCUUCCAACCUCAUAAAAAUGUUCGGCAGGCAACUGCUGCAUCUCAACGUAUGCUCUUCAGACAAUCUUCCAAAAUGGCGGCAGGUGUAAACGGUGGAAUAACAUCACCGAGUACGUUCGUUCAAAAUAAUUCUAGUCAAACAUGUAUGAAUGAAGAGAAAAAAAUUGAGGAAGAUGAUGAAGUGGAGGAAGUAGAGGAGGAGGAGGAGUAUGAGGAUGAAGAUGAGGAGGAGGAGGAGGAAGUGGGGGAAGAGGACGAGGACGAGGUGGACGAAGGGGAAGAGAUUGAGAACGAUGACGACUCAUUUGGUACUGAAAAUUACAAUGAAAAACUUGAAAACAAUAGAAAAAUGCUUGACAGGGUAAAGGGAUUAGAAGAAAAGAUAUAUAUAUCUCCUCCCUCCUUAUCUAAUGAAACGAAUGAAUUUUUUACAAAUUUUACAAAAUCUUUUCACGGACCAGAUGAGCGUCUGGUUUAAUAAGUUAAGUUGUAAGAAAAGUCGUUUCCUCCAUUCCCUCCGUCCUCAUUUUUUUCUCUUGCAACAAAUAUCAGAUAUAUUCUUUUAAAAACUCUGUCUUUAUCUCUAUUAUCUAUCUAUUUAUCUUAAUCUUUUACAACUGUCUUAGUCAUCCAUGUAUCUUUUUCUUUCUUUCUUUCUUUCUCUCUCUCUCUCUCUUUCCUUUUCUUUUUUCGAUCUCUUAGAUUUAGGAUUUAACUUUUUUAUCUAGAAUUAAGACUCUUCGUGCAUUAUAUUCUUAUAUCUCUUUAUUCUUAUUAUUCUUAUUCUUAUUAUUAUUAUUUGCUUGUUAUUUAUGUUUCUUAAUUAUUUGUUUACUUUUUCUGUUUUUUAUUUCUUAUUCUUUACAAAAAAAAUAAUUGACUUACGCCAAAUAAAAGAAGUAAGAAGGGGAGACCGAAAAAUAUUUGGUAAUAUUCAAUCAAUCAAUCAAAAACCUCACUCUCUCUCUCUCUCUCUCUCUGUUCAAAAAUGCACAAGAAAAAAGACAACAAGAUUGUUUUCUUUUUUUCUCUCUUCAUUUCUUUUUCAUUUUUAUUUAAAUUUCAUCAAACUAUUUCGCAAUAUUUUUCUUUUUGGCAAUUCCAAUACGUAUAUAUAUAUAUAUAUAUACGCUUGAUUAUAUACGUAUUUAUUGAAUGAAAUUGUUUUGAACUGCUGUUGAAAAACAGUAAAAGAAAAAGAAAAGAAAAAAAAAUUCCCAACAAUAUUUUUUAAUAAAAAAAAAAGAAAUAAAAGAAAUUUUUUUUCGGCUGUCAGAAACACCCAACUCGUUUACAAAAUGUUUAAAUAAAUGAUUAAUACCAUUUUGCAAACUUGUUCGAGGUAUUCUUGCAGUAAUUUCCAACAAUUUUUUUUUCUUAUUUAACAAAGAAACAUUUAAGAAAAAAUGUUUUAAAAGAACAAAAAUUGAGACAAAAAAAGAAAAUUUUUUUUCAAUGUAAUAACUUUUUGUUUUCCUUCAAUGAUUGUAAACAACUUUCACGUUUUUCACUUUCAUUUUUCUCCUUAUUUUUUCUAUUCUUUUCAUAAUAGAGAAUCUUUCUUUCAUUUUUCAUUUUUCUACUCUUUGUUUCUUUUUCUUCUUUUUUCAUUUUUGAUCUGCAAAAAACGAAGCCUGAAUAAUUAAAGUGAAACAUUUCUUCUUUUUUUUUAUUAUUAUGUAUUAAUUGUACAUGCUAUAAUUUAUGCAUUGAUAUGUUUAUAAAUAGCAGGUAGACAGUAUUUUACUGUACAUACAUUUAAUAUUAUUAAAUGUAUGUGUAGCUGUUGCGAUACGCACACCAUUCUGUAUAUAUACCGUGUAUUACACUGUAUAUAUAUAGUUGUUAUCCUUUUCAACUUUUUCUACUUUUUACUAAAUGCUUCUUUUCCUAUUUUAUUAAAAAUAUUCAGCUGGUUUGGCGCUAUUAAUUGCCCAGUCAACAAAUCAAGGUGUUACAAGUGCGGGAGAGACUUCGGCAUCUGAAUCAAAACCUUUGAAAUCAUCUAAAAAAUCGUCGAAUGAAUCUGAACUGGAUCUAACAGAGACGACAAUUUGAAAUUGACAUAUUACAUAAUAAAAUAUUGAAUGUAUAAUCAAGAAAAAAACAAAUAAUAAUAAUGAAAACUUGUAAAACUGUUUAUACCAUUAACUUAUUAAAGGAAAAAACCAACUUUCUAUGCACAAAUUUAAUGUAAUAAGCUUGUUUCUUUUUCUUUUUCUUUCUUUUUUGUUCUGGAGAAGUGCUCAUGCAGAUAAAAUGUAAAUUUUGUAUAUAGCAAACAAAACUAUGUAAUUUAUGCAUUAUAUAAAAAAAAACAAACAAAAUAUUUUACUAUGUGUAUUUUCUCUCUUUCUCUCUCUCUCUCUCUCUCUCUCUCUUUUCACUAAACUACUCAAUCUUUAUUCUCCAUCAAUUUAUCUUAAUUUUUUUCACUUUCUGUCUCUCUUUUUCUGGCUAUCUUUUCCCCCCCUUCGCCCCUUCCCUCUCACGCCUACCUUAAUAUAGAAUAACACAGAAAUGGACGUCUUUACCACUGUCUUUCAAUUUCCUGUUGUAAGAAACAAACGCAUGUAUUUGACGACGAUGACGACACCAUAUACAACUAAUUAUAUAAUGUAUUAUAUUUUGCCAAGAUAAAAUUGAAAUAUAUAGAAGGACAGGUCUCUUUUGAAUUCUAUUAUAUUACAACUAAUUAACAAUAAGACGGAUUGAUAGAUAGAAACGAG